AUGGAUUUUCUUCUUUUAAAAGGUUUUUCAUAUCUAUUUACCUUGUUCGUAUCUAUCUAUCUAUCUAUCUAUCUAUCUAUCUAUCUAUCUAUCUAUCUAUCUAUCCAAGUUUCUUCAUAUCUAUCUAUCUUAGUUUCUUCAUAUCUAUCUAUCUAUCUAUCUAUCUAUCUAUCUAUCUAUCUAUCUAUCUUAGUUUCUUCAUAUCUAUCUAUCUAUCUAUCUUAUUUACCUUGUUCGUAUCUAUCUAUCUUAGUUUCUUCAUAUCUAUCUAUCUUAUUCGUAUAUAUCUUAGUUUUUUCAUAUCUAUCUAUCUAUCUAUCUAUCUAUCUUAUUCGAAUAUAUCUAUCUCUCUAUUUUUGUUCAUAUCUAUCUAUCUAUCUAUCUAUCUAUCUAUCUAUCUAUCUAUCUAUCUAUCUAUCUUUUUUUCUCAUAUCUAUCUAUCUAUCUUAUUCAUAUAUAUCUCUCUAUCUUUGUUCAUAUCUAUCUAUCUAUCUUAUUCGUAUAUAUCUCUCUAUCUUUGUUCAUAUCUAUCUAUCUAUCUAUCUAUCUAUCUAUCUUAUUCGUAUAUAUCUCUCUAUCUUUGUUCAUAUCUAUCUAUCUAUCUAUCUAUCUAUCUAUCUUUCUUAUUCGUAUAUAUAUCUCUCUAUCUUUGUUCAUAUCUAUCUAUCUAUCUAUCUAUCUAUCUAUCUAUCUAUCUUAUUCAUAUAUAUCUCUCUAUCUUUGUUCAUAUCUAUCUAUCUAUCUAUCUAUCUAUCUAAGUUUUUCUUCAUAUCUAUCUAUCUUAGUUUCUUCAUAUCUAUCUAUCUAUCUAUCUAUCUAUCUAUCUAUCUUAGUUUCUUCAUAUCUAUCUUAUUCGUAUAUAUCUUAGUUUUUUUCAUAUCUAUUUAUCUAUCUAUCUAUCUUAUUCGAAUAUAUCUAUCUCUCUAUUUUUGUUCAUAUCUAUCUAUCUAUCUAUCUAUCUAUCUAUCUAUCUAUCUAUCUAUCUAUUUUUCUCAUAUCUAUCUAUCUAUCUAUCUAUCUAUCUAUCUAUCUAUCUAUCUAUCUAUCUAUCUUUCUUAUUCGUAUAUAUCUCUCUAUCUUUGUUCAUAUCUAUCUAUCUAUCUAUCUAUCUAUCUAUCUAUCUAUCUAUCUUAUUCGUAUAUAUCUCUCUAUCUUUGUUCAUAUCUAUCUAUCUAUCUAUCUAUCCAAGUUUCUUCAUAUCUAUCUAUCUUAGUUUCUUCAUAUCUAUCUAUCUAUCUAUCUAUCUUAGUUUCUUCAUAUCUAUCUAUUUUAUUCGUAUAUAUCUUAGUUUUUUCAUAUCUAUCUAUCUAUCUAUCUAUCUAUCUAUCUUAUUCGAAUAUAUCUAUCUCUAUUUUUCUUCAUAUCUAUCUAUCUAUCUAUCUAUCUAUCUAUCUAUCUAUCUAUCUAUCUAUCUUUUUUUCUCAUAUCUAUCUAUCUAUCUAUGUAUCUUUCUUAUUCGUAUAUAUCUCUCUAUCUCUGUUCAUAUCUAUCUAUCUAUCUAUCUAUCUAUCUUAUUCGUAUAUAUCUCUCUAUCUUUGUUCAUAUCUAUCUAUCUAUCUAUCUUUCUUAUUCGUAUAUAUCUCUCUAUCAUUGUUCAUAUCUAUCUAUCUAUCUAUCUAUCUAUCUAUCUAUCUAUCUAUCUAUCUAUCUAUCUAUCUAUCUUAUCCAAGUUUCUUCAUAUCUAUCUAUCUUAGUUUCUUCAUAUAUAUCUAUCUUAUUCGUAUAUAUCUUAGUUUUUUCAUAUCUAUCUAUCUUAUUCGAAUAUAUCUAUCUCUCUAUUUUUCUUCAUAUCUAUCUAUCUAUCUAUCUAUCUAUCUAUCUAUCUAUCCAAGUUUCUUCAUAUCUAUCUAUCUUAGUUUCUUCAUAUCUAUCUAUCUAUCUAUCUAUCUAUCUAUCUAUCUAUCUAUCUAUCUUAGUUUCUUCAUAUCUAUCUAUCUUAUUCGUAUAUAUCUUAGUUUUUUUCAUAUCUAUCUAUCUAUCUAUCUAUCUAUCUUAUUCGAAUAUAUCUAUCUCUCUAUUUUUGUUCAUAUCUAUCUAACUAUCUAUCUAUCUAUCUAUUUUUCUCAUAUCUAUCUAUCUAUCUAUCUAUCUAUCUAUCUAUCUAUCUUAUUCGUAUAUAUCUCUCUAUCUUUGUUCAUAUCUAUCUAUCUAUCUAUCUAUCUAUCUAUCUAUCUAUCUAUCUAUCUAUCUAUCCAAGUUUCUUCAUAUCUAUCUAUCUUAGUUUCUUCAUAUCUAUCUAUCUUAUUCGUAUAUAUCUUAGUUUUUUCAUAUCUAUCUAUCUAUCUAUCUAUCUUAUUCGAAAAUAUCUCUCUCUCUAUUUUUGUUCAUAUCUAUCUAUCUAUCUAUCUAUCUAUCUAUCUAUCUAUCUAUCUAUCUUUUUUUCUCAUAUCUAUCUAUCUAUCUAUUUAUCUAUCUAUCUAUCUUUCUUAUUCGUAUAUAUCUCUCUAUCAUUGUUCAUAUCUAUCUAUCUAUCUAUCUAUCUAUCUAUCUAUCUAUCUUAUCCAAGUUUCUUCAUAUCUAUCUAUCUUAGUUUCUUCAUAUCUAUCUAUCUAUCUUAUUUUUUCAUAUCUAUCUAUCUUAUUCGAAUAUAUCUAUCUCUCUAUUUUUCUUCAUAUCUAUCUAUCUAUCUAUCUAUCUAUCUAUCUAUCUUUGUUUAUAUCUAUCUCAAUACUUGGCUUUGCCAGAAUCCUUACGUACCUAGGUUUAAGAAGACGUCACUCCAGGUUAUAA